AAUCCAUUGUGUGCAGUCUGCGCAGCCCAGGACUUACUCCUACACUGCCAUCAGAAGAGGCUGAUCGGGGCUGGAGCUGACGUCACACACCCUCCCUGAAAACGCUUGGGCACGCCUGUGUUUUUCUGGACACUCCCAGUAAACGGUCAGUUGCCGCCCACAGACUGCCUCCUCCUGUCAUUCACCUGCCCGUGCAAUCGGAUUUUUCACACUAUCCCGUUGCUGACCGGCGAUGCCCGUUGUUGUUGUCCGAUGCGCGUGCGCAUUGCGGUGCAUACGCAUGCGCAGUUAGAAAAUGCACAGCAGCGGUCGGGUCUGAAUGACCCCCAUAGUUUGUAUCAGCCAGCAAUGGGUUGUACUGACAUCACAUAGGAAUGGAUAGGUAUAACACACAUUAGUUUAUUCCGCAAAUGCCGACACUCUCCGACUUAGCAGGGCGCUGAAUUGAAUAGACCCCAAUGAGAGGUCUCUCUUCAGUCAGAAAGUUCAGUCCAGUUAAUGUGACCAAAUAUUAGAAAGUAACAGCGUCCUCCUUUCUGAAAGGGUUAACGUGACAGGCGAAGCCUCAGACAUUGAAAUAGAACAAUUCAGCUGUCACGGCACACGCUCCCUUGCCUGGCACCUGUUACCACUCUGCAUAGCUUCCACCCAUGUGUUGGACAUUUAACUUUAUUAAAUCUCCCCUGCCUCAGCUGUGCCUCAGUCGUGAGACCCUGCCCAUACCAAACACAGGGACCAUUCAGGCUUCUACCGUCUCACUCUGCCAUGGGCUCUAUAGUGGCAAAGCUUCUCUUACCAACUAUCAGCAGCCUGGCAUUCCUGCCAACCAUCAGUAUUGCUGCAAAAAGGAAGUUCCACAUGGAAGCGAUGGUGUAUUUUUUCACCAUGUUCUUCAUUGCGAUUUACCAUGCGUGUGACGGUCCAGGACUAUCGGUGAUCUGUUUCAUGAGAUACGACCUCCUGGAAUACUUCAGUGUGUACGGGACAGCACUGUCCAUGUGGGUGUCACUAAUAGGUAAGCUCGGAGGGCCUGGUGGUCACUGGUCUGACUUUGAUGAACCCAAGAGGUCCACGCUUGUGAUGUUUGGCGUCCUCACCAUUGCAGUGCGGAUAUAUCAGGAUCGCUGGGGGUAUGGGGUCUACUCGGGGCCUAUUGGGACUGCAGUGCUGAUGAUCACAGUGAAAUGGCUGACCAAGAUGAAGGAGAAGAGAGGACUGUACCCGGAUAAAAGCGUUUACACCCAGCAGAUCGGGCCGGGAUUCUGCUUCGCUCUGGCCUUAAUGCUGCGCUUUUUCUUUGAGGAAUGGGACUAUACCUACGUGCACAGUUUCUACCACUGCUCCCUGGCCAUGUCCUUUGUGCUCCUACUUCCCAAGAUCAACAAGAAAGCAGGAACUGGGACCGACGCCGCCAAGAUGAACUGCUCCACUCUGUGCUGCUGUGUGUGACGGAGCUGGGGACCUAACCAAGGACUGAGAAGCAGCUGGUGGGGGGGGCUCAGUCACAGGCUUACUUCUGCUAGACAGACACUGAGCAAUCUCAUCCGCUGCUCUGCGCUGUCUGCAUGUGCGAGGAGGGCUGUCGCUGCGUACUACAGAUACCACCAAGGGGGAUUACUGCUCAGCUGAUCACAUUUCUUAUGUGUCAGACACGGGCCGGUGGAAAGAACAUGUUACUUAACAUAAAUGAUGUUUUUGUAAUUCUGUUUUGUAAAACCCUUAGUAAGAUGUAUUGAAUUCAUACUGUUUGUACAUUUUUAUUUUAUAUAUAGAAUUUUAUGUUUAUUUGAGAAUGUAUAACACUUUGUGCACUAUUUGUUUUUUAUUUGCUGUAGUAAAUGGAAUUACUUUUGAUCUGUGAAGGUUCAUGUACAUGCGGACUUCGUUCUCCGUUGUCUGCCAGUGUAGUGAUCUGUAGCUUUUGUGCGGCAGGCGGGAAAUAAAGGGUCCUACACACUUAUAGAUCAUUUAUAGCGAUAUGGGCGAUAUCAUUGAAAAAAUGAACGAUAUAUCGUUAAUAUCGUUCAGUGUGUAGACAUCAAUGAUGAACUAUGCGCGUCCCCGCAGUUGUUCAUCGUUGGUCUAUCAUCAUUUAUUCAUGCAAGCCACU